AUGAACGGACUGAGCGGUUUCAUCGUCUUGGCUCUGGCGGCAGCGACCGUUGGUGCCCAGUGCCCCGACAGCUUCUUCGAGGCGGAAGGAGGAUGCUUCUAUGUCCUAGACUCCGAGGGAACAUCGAUCUCGUGGGAUGACGCCAGAGAAAUGUGCAAUGGGCUGAGCGGCAAUGGGUGGAGUGUGGACUUGGCUUCCUUGGACACGACCUCACAGCUCGAGGCCUUCGCUGAGGCUUGGGACACUGUCGGAGCGGACUACAGGCCCUACGGUUACAUGUGGGUGGGCUUCUCCCGUGAGACUGGGCAGUGGGCCAACCUGGACGGAGUGCCAGUGUCCCUCUUCUCCAACAUGUGGCGAGAAGGCCAUCCGCACGGCAUGAACAUGCACGUGUACAUCGAAGACGUUACCAUGACCACCGGCAGUGAGUCGCGAGGACGCUUCUAUGCUUCAUGCACGAUGAAUAAGGCAAUCGAGAGAGCACUGUGCCGGGCCUUUCCCGCAUAUUAAGCAACUUAAAAAUAUAAUAUACGGCGAAUGUUAAUCGUGUUAUUUUUUAAAUAUCCUUGCUGGGACACUUAUAUCUGCAUAUCAGAUUUUAUAGUAGGUGUUUAUAAUACUUCAAACUAGGGUUUAUGAUUGUGAUGUUUCUGUUAAAAAUACUAUAAUGUAGAUAUUACGAUUAU